AUGACGACGCCGGCAGCGCUAGUCAAGGAGAUGUUCGGACAGGAUUUGCCCUCACUCGCGACGACGCCAAUGGAGACAGACCGACCCCGACGACACAAUCCCGACGAUCGACGACCGAAGUGGCAGAAGCCAGAUGGGAAGGGCAGCGGCUACCGCCCGGACAAGCGCAUCCGCGAGGACAAGGACAACGACAGCCAAAACUGGUUCACGAACGCGGAGGACUACCAGCUCACCGACCAGAUAUCGGGGGAGGAAGUCCGUCGCCUGCUGGCCAUCCUAACCCGCCUUUGUCUGCGACAGGAGGACGACAUCGCCGCCACACGGGCAGACAGCGCCUUCCUUUUCUACAUGGAGACCAAGCCGGACCCGGAGCUAGCCUCGAGCCCAUACCAGCCGUUCGCCAACAACUUCUAUGCCGUAGCACAGCGAUGGCAGCAGAUCAAGGAGAACACGCCACAGAAACUGGAUCUGUCCCUUCGCUCCACCUUGCUGCUGGCCUACAUGACCGAAUUCCACGAACGCCUGAGCCACGCCAUCGAGCCGAAGAACAAGGAGAUCUGCGUGAAGGCAGGCUGGAUGCAGGAGACGACGAACGCGACUCCAUGCUGGACUUACGCGAAGUGGGACAGCGAGAAGAAGGUGAGCAUAGUGGAUACGAGCAAGACACCGGUGGCCCACUCGAAGAUCCUCGACGCUGUAGCGCACAGCUUGAAGCUGCUCGGAGAUUCGAGCCUGAUACAUCGAUUCAGGGCGACCCGCCCACUCGCAGAGACUUACGAGUCCAACAUCCUCACGUUUCUGAUGCUUGUGAGCAACAGGGGCCAGGAGGCAGAAAAUCUCUUCUCCACGAUGGCCCUCCUGACAGAUUGCAAUGCCACCCAGCUUAUGCGCACCCGGUUUGCCAAGGAGAGACUUCGUCGCCAGCCGUUGGCACAGGUUCUUCAGCGCGAGGCGUACAACCUCCUCAGAGCAACGAAUCCGCACAGCAGCAACUCCGGUGAGAUUGCUGAGAAAGCCGAUGAUUGUUUUGGUGCUCAGGUACUGCGCGCAAACCUGUCUACGUACCAGGCCUGCUCAACUGGGCUGGCCUUCUGA